UUGUAUAUGCGCCAUAAAUCAUUACAUUUCAAAACCAAGCAAAUUAAGUUCAAUCUUUCCCUUAGAAAAAAAAAAAAAAAAAAAAAAAAAAAAAAAAAAAAAACCCUUUAAAAAUUUUACUGUUCUUAUCAUAAUUGGUUGCUUUCUUGCUUGCUGAUGAUGAGUUCAAUUGACCCCAAGAAGCCUCAUGCAGUUCUUAUCCCAUUCCCAGCACAAGGCCAUGUCAACCCCUUUAUGCAAUUAGCCAAGCUUCUACACUCAAGAGGCUUCCACAUCACCUUUGUCAACACCGAGUUCAAUCACAGGCGUUUAAUCAGGUCUAAAGGUCCUGACUUCGGCAAGGGCUUACCGGAUUUUUCCUUCGAGACCAUACCGGAUGGCUUGCCACCAUCAGAUCGCGAUGCAACUCAAGAUGUUCCGUCGCUAUUCGAAUCAACUAGAAAGAACUGCAUUGGUCCAUUUAAAGAGCUGCUGCUGAGGCUCAAUUCAUGUUCCCAAAUACCUCCAGUUCGUUGCAUAAUUUCUGAUGGGGUCAUGAGUUUCGGGAUAAAAGCCGCUGAGGAUUUGGGUAUUCCACAAGUUUCGUUUUGGCCAGCCUCUACUUCCUCUACUUGUAGCUUCAUGGGAUUCCUGCAGUUUGAUGAACUUGCUAGAAAAGGCAUUAUUCCUUUUAGAGAUGGAAACUUCAUGCAUGAUGGUACUCUUGACACUCAAAUAGACUGGAUCCCUGGCAUGAAAAACAUCAAACUCAAGAACUUACCAAGCUUCAUGAGAACACAAUCACUGGACGACAUAUUGUUCGAUUUCGUCAAAGUAGAAGCACAGAACUGCCUGAAAUCCUCUGCAAUCAUAUUGAACACAUUCAACGAGUUCGAACACGAUGUUCUUGAAGCACUCGCAGCAAAGUACAUCCCAAACAUCUUUACUGUAGGUCCACUUCCUUUGCUCAGCCGACAUGUUCCUGAAAAACACCCACUGAAGUCACUGAGCACAAGCUUAUGGAAAGAAGACCCGGCAUGUCUUGAAUGGCUUGACAAAAGAGAACCCAAUUCAGUUGUUUACGUGAACUAUGGAAGCGUCACCACAAUGACGGAAGAAAGCCUCAGAGAAUUCGCUUGGGGGCUUGCAAAGAGCAAGCACCACUUUUUGUGGAUAGUCAGGCCUGAUGUUGUUGUCGGUUCCGAUUCAGCAACUUUACCUGAGGAGUUUUUCGAAGAGAUUAAGGAAAGAGGUUUGAUAGCAAAGUGGUGUCCACAACAACAAGUUUUAGCACAUUCCUCUGUUGGGGCUUUUCUCACACAUUGUGGUUGGAAUUCGACUCUGGAAACGGUUUGUGCCGGCGUGCCUGUGAUCUGCUGGCCGUUCUUUGGCGAUCAACAAACAAACUGUCAUUUUGCAUGCACCGCUUGGGGGAUUGGAGUGGAAGUGAACAAUGAUGUUAAGAGUGAUGAAGUUGCUGCCAUUGUGAAGAAGAUGAUGGAAGGAGAUAAAGGGGAGAAACUGAGAGAAAAAGUUCAAGAGUGGAAAAAGAAAGCAGUUCAGGCUACUGAUAUUGGGGGUUCUUCUUAUUCUGAUUUUGAUAAAUUGAUAAAGCAAGCUCUCCACUAUGAUGGAUAACCAUGACUUUUGUUAUGAUUCUCACUACUGUUAA